GAGCUCGAUUUGCCUGAAGUCCUCGACAUGAUGCGAAAAAGCACGAUCGCGCUCCAACAAAUCCUCAACGCCUUGCCGGUGUCCUCGGCCGAUGACUUGAAGCCCGAGGAGUGGUGGGGUGCCUGCUGGCAGGGAGCAUGCGAGUGGCUGCAGCAAAACAGGGAGACAUGGCAGGGGUGGAUGCCAGAGCAGUCCAACUGCUAUGCCGGCCAGGGCAUGCAGGAGGAUGGGGUCUGGCUGACGACCAGGUCGCCAAACGCGACCUGCGGCUCGUGCCCACCCGGGCGCUACUCCGUGCUCCUGGAGGAUGCACUUGGCGCAACGGCGGUGUGCCGUCUUUGCCACCCGGGCACCAGCCAAGAGCAGGCCAUGUCCGUGAGCUGCGAUGUCUGCUUGCCUGGCACCAAAGCUGACCAGUGGGGAGCGACGCAGUGUCAGUGGUGCCCGCAAGGCCAGUACCAGUGGGAGUUCGGCGCCACAGAGUGCAGGAGCUGUGAGGAAAGCAAGACCACGAUAGCCUUGGCUUCAAUCAGUGAGUGGGAUUGUGUUUGCAAGCCGGGCAGGUAUCUGCGGAACGAGACGGAGUGCGUGCCCUGCCCCGAGGGCAUGUAUUGUGCGGGCGACAGUUUUCCCGUGUUCCAGCUGGCCGGUUAUUGGGUGGAGCAGUCUUACGUCGAGGGCCUCAGUUCCUAUUCGGUGUUCUCUUGCCGCGAAACCUCGCGAUGUCCAGCCGGUGAGCCUGGACUCUGUAACGUUGGGCGCACCGGGCGCGCCUGUGCCGAUUGCUUUCGUGGCUAUGCCUCCGAUGUGGACGGCUCCUGCAAGCCCUGCGAUGCUUUGUCUAUGUGGCCCUUCCUCCUGCUUCCGAUUGUGAUGCUGGGGCUGCUGCCGCUGCUAGUCGCAGCCACCAUUCUCAUGAGCCGAGCGCGGCGGGUGGCCGUCAGCAUCUUUAUCGUCUGUGUGAUCUUCGGGCAGCUGGUGGUGUGCUUGCAGUCCCUCGAGGCCAUCUAUCAGUUCGAGAUCUCCUGGAUCGACCCUGCGAAGGCCGUUUUGUCCUCGCUGGCCAUCUUCAGUUUGGACAUCGAGUUCUCCUGCAUCUUGGAUCCGCAAAGCCAUGUCGUGGAGUACGGCUCGCAGCUCUUGGCUUACCCGGCGGUGCUGCUCGG